AUGGACGAACCGAAUAGUUUCAGCGUUGUAUCUAUUAAAAGACUAAUUAAUGUUGAUAACUUUGGCAAAGGAUCUAUUCGAGAACAAAAUAAAACUUAUCGUAUUACUGUCGAGCGAACCGAUACUCUUAUUGAAAUGGAACAACUUGCUCAAGAAGCAGAAGAACUAUCUACGUACAAAAUGAAUUCUGACGUAGUAUCCGACACGGAAGAAUGGUUUAACAGAAAAAAAAAUCAUCGAUCAGAAAAAAUAAUGAUAAACCAAGUCAAUGAUUGCAAAGCAUCAUUUGAUUAUAUAAUUGCCUAUAUAUUUACUAUACAUUUUUUAGAUUUGUUUGAUAAACAACUAACUGAACUACAUACUUUAGAUCUUGAUGUAUAUCGAACAUAUACAGCAUUGAAUACUUGUUUAUUUGACGAACCAAAUAAAGCUGGCGAGUUUUCCAGAAUAUCAUCUGAUAAAGAUGAUGAUGACGAAUCCAGUUGUGAUGAAGAUCAAGAAGCUGGUAAAACUGCCGAUGGUCAUAUUUUGAAUUCUACUCUCAAUUGUAUACCUACUUCAAAAUCGAAGAAGCGUACCUCAUCAAGAGUAUCUCGACGAAUACCUGAAAAACGACUUCGAGUUAAUGAUACUUCAUCACCAACUGUAAACCAAGAGAAACUUGGAGUUAAUAAAUGA